AUGCUUCCAUAAGUAUGUGACACUGCUGAUACUUUCACUUCUUCCAUUACUACAAUGUUUCAUAUUACACUCCCUGAAGAAAAAUAAUUAUUAGCAUCUCCAUAUAAGAUUGUGAAAAAUAUUUUAUAACUUUUUUCACUUAUCGAAAAUCUGAUAUUUAAGAUAGUCCUCAUUAACGUGAAGAAUUUCAUCAUCUUAAAACCUCUCGUGAUUUUGCCUCAUCUCAUAACUCAUUACAUUGAAAUUGCAUAGAAUCUUGAAUAAGUUUUUUUGAUUCACCUCAGGUACUAAUAAUGGACAUACUGAUAAAAGUCCAAAAUUUUAUAAUCCUAAAACUAAACUUAAACCAUUACAGAAAGUACUUUCUAUUAUUGAAGAAAAUGAAGAAAUUAUUAAUACUCUUUAAAGAUUAACUGACUCAUCACUUAAAUUGAUUUUAAAAUUGGGCUUCAUUAAGUAAAUCAAUAAGUUAUUGAAAAAAGUAAAGAAAAAUAUCUUCCCAAAACUUUAAGAACAACUCGAAUUUCAAGAUUUCCCUGAUUUCAAUCCUCCUGAUUGGCCAUUAGAUAAUGAUUUAGAUAAUCUUUCAAUUCAAUAAACUAAACUUUAAUCAUCCAAAUAAAUUUUUGUCAAAGAAUUUAAAGUCUCACCUAUGAGAAAUGUAUAGUUCGAUUCUAAUGAAUUUAAUUAUUUUAUUGAAGAAUAAUUUUAACCUGAUUCAUCUGAAGAUAAAGAUCAUUUCCAACAAUUACAAAUUAAACCUAAAGACAAUUUAAAUAUAUUCCUUUAAAGAUAAAGUUAAAUUCUAAGCACACAGUCCUCUAAAUUCUAAUUUCCAGAACUCAAUCAACAUCAAAUCAGACUUAUAACUAAUGCUACUAUUUGUUUAUUGAGAUUGGCACUGUUAGUACAUAUUUUAAAGUAUUUUACAUUAAAUUAACAAAACUUUAUUUCAAUAUUAAUUGUAAUAUUUAAACAUCUUGAUAAUUAAUUCUAACAAAAGAUUAUUAGUCAAUCAUUACAUAAAGUUUUUAAACAUUUCAUAAUAAGAAGAUUAUUUUAUAUUUUAUUAAUUGCAGACUCAAUGUUAAAAACAUCUUUUGUUGCUCAACCAUCUAGAAGGAAAGAAGAUUAUAAAAUUCUAAUUCUAAGUGAAAAAUACAAGAAUAAAUAAAUAAUGGAUAUUAUAGCAAACAAGAUUGCAAAAAUAUUAAAAAGAAAUGAAAAUUAAGUUAAAAAUAGAUUCAAUUGUCUUUUAAAGAGAGAGAACGUUUAAAGCGAUUUAAACAAAUUGAUUGAUAAGAUUUUAUGGAAAAUCAGCAAGCAGCCAGUAGAGAGAAACCCAUAAGAUUAAGAAAGAGCUAAAUGCAUUUAUAAUUAAAAUUAGAAUUUACUUUUAACAAUAGGCUCAGAUAGAAAAUUUAUAAAAAGAAGAUGUUCAUGA